CUGAUUGUGUGAGAAGCAAGAAAGCAGAACAGGAGGAACUUUGCUGUUGUGAUUUGACAUACACGUGAUGCUUCCUUCUCUCCACACUCCACGCACCCACGUGUGUCUUCUUGUCUUGUCUUGCUUGUGAAUGGUCUCUCUGUGUCUGUGCGUUGUAUUCCCUUCCUUCCUUCCUUCCUUCCUUCUCUUCAUCCACACUCCCUUCCUACCACCGUCUCCCCCUUCCUUCCUUCCCUUCCUAUCACCGUCUCCUUCCUUCCCAGACGCAUGGCGUCCGUCCUGCGAGCAGCGCCAGUGCUGGUGCCAGUGCUGGUGCUAGUGCUGGUGGCAGCAGCAUGCAACCGAUGUAACCUUCAGCAGCAUGCAUGCCCCUGCAUGUGCGCGGCAGAGGUGGUGUUUGCGGAGGAUGAUGCCGGCGCGCUGCACAUCAACACAAGCGACCCAAUGAGCCAGCCCGUGCUGGUCAACGGCGUGAACAUGGGCGCAGUGUUUGAUGCGGUGGCGGCGCAGCAGAGCAUGCUUCAGGCAUACCAGAGCGUGAUGGACACGCAGCAGAGCAGGAUCAGCAUGCAGCAAAGCAGGAUUGCGGUGCAGCAAGACAGGAUCGCCGCCCUGGAAGCGGAGGUGUGCACACCAAGCACCAGCGUGUUUGGGCAGUUGAGUGGUGCUUCCAACAAAUGGGUGGGCGGUGCACUGGCGGGAAACGGCUUGAUCUACGCUGCCCCGUUCAAUGCCGAUUCUGUCCUCAUCCUCAACCCCACGACCAACACCGCGGACGUCACCAGCAUCGCGGGUUUUACGUCCGGUGGCGGCAAGUGGGCUGGUGCCGUGUUGGCGGAGAACGGGCUGAUCUACAUGUUUGCCGCUUCUGCCACAAGCAUGCUCGUCGUCGACCCCGAGACCAACAACGUGGACGUCACGAGCAUCCACUCUCUGCCCAGCGGUGCCUUGAAGUGGGCCAGCGGUGUGGUUGCCGACAACGGCCUCAUCUUCGCCAUCCCCUACGCAUUCCCAUCCGUGUUAAUCGUUGAUCCAGCCACCAACAUCACCACCACCAUUGCGCUGGACGGGCUCUCUGGGAGCGGCACUGAGUGGUAUGGCGGUGUGCAGGCAGCCAAUGGCCUCAUCUACUGCUUCCCAUCUGCGGCGACGUUUGUGCUCAUCAUUGACCCCAUCGCGCUCACAGCGGACACCACCAGCAUCCAAGGGCUGGAGGCCGGUGCAUACAAGUGGCUGGGUGGCGUGCUCGCGAGGAACGGGCUCGUGUACGGCAUUCCAGCACGCGCUGGAACCGUGCUCGUCAUUGAUCCGACAACCAACAGCAUUGACAUGAUCCGCAUCGCAAACAGCACCAUCACGUCGAGGUGGGCAGGUGGCGCCUUGGCGGCCAACGGCAACAUCGUCUGCAUCCCUUACUCUUCGACACCCGCGCUCAUCUUCAACCCAGCCACCAACGCGACCACGAUGGUGGCUGUGCCGGAUGUUGGUGAAGGCCCCGUCGGGUGGUGGGACGGUGUCCUCGCCCCCAACGGCCGCAUCUACGGCCUGCCGCUCUUCCCAGAGGUUGUCCUGGCCAUCGACCCAGGAUGCUGA